GGGAAUUGCAGACGUGUCAUUUUCCACAUCGGAGAGCUAUGAUCGUUGAUAGAGUAAUAACUAAGUCGACCCCAUUCCAAAUUAAAUCGACGAUCCUUUAUGAGAACUUUUGCUGCGCAAGGUCUGAAGCUGAGUCCUUAGACUCUCUUGAGGAGCUCACUGCAAAAGCUAUAGGCGAAAAGAAGAUUAGUAUGCUGAAAUCAGAUAGAGCUUGCUAAUCAGAUUGCUCUGAAUUGCUAGAGUCUGUAAAAGUUGUGGCACGGUUAAAUGAGCCAUAUGCAUUGGCAAGAACGUAGACAACGAAGCAGCUUGUCAAAGCCUUAUGUUUCAAAUGUAAAUAAAGCACGCGGAAACCCGGUUUUGUCGCGUGAUCGAUGUCCAGGAAGCAGCAUGGACAACUUUAUACGGACUAGACGAGAUUAAAAUGCAAUGGAAGAACGAAGCAAAGCUAUUACUUUUGAUUGUUAAUUCAGUCUCUUGAUAUGUGGUCGGAAUUUCUCAAGAAAAAGAGAGGCUGCUUUAGUGUUCAAUGUGUAUAUAAGGCUCUCUGAAAUAAAUAGGGGCCCGCAUGAAGUGUUCGCGCUUGAACAAUACUUGUGAACGAGUCGCGUAAAGUUGAGAAAAGUCGUCUACUAGAAGAACUGUCCCCAGCAGCUGCAGCAUUAAUGAAGUAGCAAAGAGAAUGAUAUGGCAUCAUGAAGAAGGCUAGACGAAUGCUGCAACAGCUGGGGUCUCAUUUGACUGGUAUACGGGGGCUGUUUUCUGAUCAACAGCCACUAGAACGCCGCAAGAAAGUGAGAAUUGAGAUCAAGAGUACGUCCUUACGCGUUUAUGUUUUGGAGUCACAAUCCGUGAAGUUCAUGCAGUCUGACGAACAAAAGUGGUGGUGGUUGGAUGUCAGGCCUGAGAGUGGAAACAUGUAUGUACAUAAUAAAGUUUUGACGCUCUAGCAGCCUCAAACUCGACCCGUUAUCGACGAGCAGAUCCAGCGAGACUGACAUGGUUUUUUUACAAAAACAUGGCAUGAAACCAUCUUUGACCAUACUUGGAGUGACACGGCAAGCAAUUAGUGAAGCAAAGAUCAUGUUUCCAUGUGCCAUCAUUCAAUCCUUCAGCAGGGUCACGCAAUUAGUUCAUUAUCAACAGUGUUCCAGAUAACGACGACCACUUCUAAGCCGCCGUCACCUAAAAAUAUGAGACGAUAGUGAAUUUAUGAAUGCCGAUGAUCAACCAUUAGGCUACGAACAAGACACGAUGCGUCAUGCUGGCUGAAGGCAAUCAAGUCUGAGUUGAAAAAGCAUGAGUAAACGACAUCAAAGACGGCGAGAAUAUGCGCGAAGAAGCGAAAUGGACCCAUACAAGCUCUCAUAAACAGGCUUGUUGCCAGUCGUUUCAAGCAAAAAGUUUAAUGUGAUGUUUGUUUGAAAAUGGCGGCAAAUAUGCAUUUGAUAGACGCCGGCUCUGCUUUUUGAGACAGUAGUUCUUAUUAAAAGCGUGCGUGGAGACGGAGUUGUGUCACAGUACCACAAUCUGUCUAUAAGUCGUUGUUGAAAAAACUUGCAGCUGCAAGAUUUUUCAAGUCAAAUCGGCACCUGGGACCGUAAUCAAGAUGAAGAGCUCGGUGACGCCAAGCUCACUUUAUAAAUGUAUUUACGUUAUGAUCAGUCAAUCGAGACGCUUAUUGUAAUACAAAUUUGCUUGGUAUGAUAAGAAAAUCGAGACAUGGAUUGAAAUUUUGGCUGUCAAGGAUGCAGUGCGAAAUGGGAUGCAACACAAGUCCAGACACUUUUGUCCGAAGUGCUUCGGUAACCAACGAAAAUAUAUUUGUUGAGGCGUGAUGGCUUCACUUGCGAUUUCUUACGAAUCUAGACGAAAACUUGGCCUCAUUCUUACAAUGAUACCAUGAAGUGCUAAAAAAGGCAUGUAUAACCUUUGGCUAGAGCUUUUUGAUGCGAUUAGUCUAGCACCUGGUUUAAUAUCAGCAUACUGUGGUCCUCACUACAGCACAGAAGAGUAUACUUUUUAAAUGCAAAAAAAAAUCAUUGGGAUGUGUACCGUGCUCUAAGGCUUCGAAUAUGAAGAAGAGGAGCGACUUUCUGGAAUGACAACCAAGAGGUAAGUAUAUUGAAUUUAAACAAAGGCUUAUAGUGGGAUCGGAAUGAUAACCGUAUGAUAUGGAAACAGAAGUGCUGGGCUCAUCGCAAAAGGUCUAAGAAGUGUACAGAUGUUGAUACAGAAACGAGCGCGUAGAGGUCAUUCU